ACUGUGGUUUACUGGUGGUUUAUGAUCACGUAUUUAUCACAAUUAAUUCACAAUGAAUGAUUUUGAAAAUACUUGAAUUUAAAAAAAAUUGUGAAAUAACCACUAUGAUGUUUAUUUUUCACUUUUGAAUCAAUGUUAUAAAUAAUUAUCAUCAAAUAAUAAUUAUGUUGAUAUAAAUAUAUCAUGUCAGUGUCGAGAUUUUUUAUGAUCAUAUAGGUACCUUUAUAAUAUCAAUAUUAUAACUUUUUUCUUUAUUUGUAAUUAUUAUUUUUAAUUGCAAUUAAACUGUAUGAGUAAAAAUGGUAAAAAAUUAUCGUGUCGUUGUAUUUGGCGUGAAAGGCGUUGGUAAGACAGCAAUAUUGGAACAAGCUAUUUAUGGACAUUUUAGUAAAAAUUAUAAACUGUGGCCUACUAUCGAGGAUAUAUACCAGGCUUCUAUAGAUAUUGGCAAAGGGGUACGUGAACAAGUUCGUUUUUAUGAUACUGCUGGUUUGGAUUUGACACAGUUACCUGAGGUUGGAUUGUAUUCAAAUCCAGAUCCUUCGCUUAUGUUGUCUUUUGGUCAAAUAGCUAAGCAGUAUGCGUCCAUUGCAGAUGCCUUUAUACUAGUAUAUGAUACAAGUCGACCAGAAACAUUUGAUUGCUUAGUCACAUUAAAAAAAGAAAUUGAUAAGAAUAAGGAAAAAAAAGAUGCUUUUUAUGUCAUUGUUGGCCAUAGAAUGCGAGAAAUGGAUAUCAAAGCUCCAACUUUAGAGUGUCCUACAAGUCGAGCUUCUCAUUGGUCUAUUAGAGAAAAAAUGAAACAUUUUGAAGUCAAUGCUUUGGACCGAACAAGUUUAUUUGAACCAUUUAUUUAUAUUGCAUCAAAAUUUAAUACUGUACAACCAAAGAGCAGUUUUCCUCAACUAGUACGAAAAGGUACUCAACAUUGAUGCCUAUUAAUGCCAUUGAUUUUAUAGAAUUGUUAUAGGUAGUAUACUAGUAUUUUAUACUAUAAUUUAUUGCACAAUUAUUAACCUCUACAAAUAUUUUUAUGUUAAAGAUUGUUAUGAGCAUUUUAUAAUAUUGUAAUUUUUGUUUUUGUUGCUAGUCAGGUGACUACUGAGUGCCUUCCCAAUUCAAUCAUUCCCGUUACUUUUAACUUUUAACCAAUUAGCGCCAGAGUUUUUUUAUUUACAAUUUUAACCAACAUUUUGUUGAAAACUUAUGUUAUAUCUCAAAAAUGAUUGUAAAAAAUCUAUGUUGCCAUGUGGCAACGUACGCCUUUAAUGGGUUAAUAAACAUUGCUUAUUGUACUCAUGUAUAAAUUGUAAGUAUUUUAUUUUUAAUAAAAACAAUUUUUUUUUAAA